GAUUCUUUCUGAAUCAACGUCAAACGCUUCGCGGAUCUUGCCGAAAGCUACUCAAUAGUUUAACAAUUUUUGUUUCUUUAAAAUAUAUCAGACAAGAUGCAAGCGUGCAGCGUGUUUCUCCUGUGUUUGGGCGGAUUUGUCCUUUUACAGCUCGCCAGUGGUGAAGGAAAGCUGAAGAUAGGUGUCAAAAAGCGUGUGGAAAAUUGCUCCGUGCGCACAAAGAAGGGCGAUCUGGUGCACAUGCACUACACGGGAACACUGGAGGAUGGAACCGAGUUCGACAGCAGCGUUUCGCGGGGUGAUCCGCUUACAUUCACGCUUGGCAUGGGCCAGGUGAUCAAAGGUUGGGAUCAAGGACUGCUGAACAUGUGUGAGGGCGAAAAGCGGAAGCUUGUUAUACCGCCGGAACUGGGCUACGGAGAGCGGGGAGCCGGCGAAAAGAUUCCACCAAACUCGGUGCUGAUCUUCGAGGUGGAGCUCGUGAAAAUCGAACGCAAAACCGAACUGUGAAUGUGGCCAGCGUUUUAACCACUGAUGCGACUCCAACGGGGAAGCCAACAAUAAACAUUUCGAUUUCUUUCCCUUCCACAAUACACGUAUUCCAGUCAUCGUUUGUUGGGUUGGAAAGCAUUUUACUCGAUUUUAAAAGGAUUCGCAAAGAUGGCAGUAAAUAUACAGCAGCAGAGGGAUGUU